AUGGCAGCACUAGCUGCAUCAAGCUCCGGGAUUUCCCCAAACUCUACGGUUUAUGUACGAAACUUGGAGGAGCGCGUCAAAAUAGAUGAUUUAAAAGAAGCGCUUUCAGAAAUCUUCUCCGAAUAUGGUACUAUUAUAGAGAUCGUCGCAAAGAAGAAUCUGAAAGCAAAGGGACAGGCCUUCAUAGUCUUCGACAAUAUUGAGUCCGCUCAACGAGCAAUAGAGGAAGUCAAUGGAUUCGACCUUCUCGGAAAGCCUAUGUCUCUUGACUUUGCUAAGACCAAAAGUGAUGCGACAGUGUUGAGGGAAGGUGGCUCGGAUGAGUUAGAAGUUCAUAAGCGACGAAGGUUGGCCGAAAAGGAACGAAAGCAAGCCCAAGAAGCUCUCGAAGCGCAGAAGAAGUUGAAGCGACCCGGUGCAGUGGUGCCUAUAUCGGCCGAGGCUGGGAGACCUGCGAAGGCAGCUCGCGGCACUGGUCUGAAGCCUUCCAAUGUUGCCACCGCUACAGUAGUCCCAGACGAAUACCUACCUCCGAACAAAAUUCUCUUCUUACGGGAAUUGCCAGAAGAUGCCAAUUCCGAUACGCUUAGUGAAAUAUUCGGCCGUUUUGAAGGUUUUCGCGAAGUACGUCUGGUGCCAGGCCGCAAGGGUAUUGCCUUUGUUGAAUAUGAAAAUGAAACGGGAGCCAUUAGCGCAAAAGAAGCGACAUCUGGCAUGCCUAUGGGACCCAAUGGCAAGCCUAUUCGCGUGACGUAUCAGCGUCAAUGA